AAUGAAAGGUAGCAAGGAGCCAUAUGUUGUGAAGUUUAUAAAAACUGCAGAAAGUUCAGAAUUUUUUCUUCAAGCCCUUGAGUCCAUCAAAGAAUUUCAGUCAGAAGAAUGUCUUCAGAUUCUUGAUAAGGAAGCUGCACUUAGAAUACAAGAGAAUGACAAAUCCCUUUAUAUAUGUGAUCAGUUUAGUGGCAUUGUUUUUAAUCAUCUUCAAAAGCUUGGUUGUAGGAUUGUGGGGCCACAGGUGGUUAUCUACUGUAUGCAAAAUCAACUAUGUGUGCCAAAGGCUGAUCAUCCAGUAUUUAAUAUGACAAUGGCUGAUGUAACAGUAUCUUGUACAAGUCUUCCAAAGGAAACAAGGGAGGAAGUCCAUGAAAAUGUACAGUUGAUGGGUGGCCGUGUAUACAGAGAUCUUAAUGUAUUAGUAACUCAUCUUAUAGCUGGAGAAGUUGGAAGCAAAAAAUAUUUAGUUGCUGCUAAUCUUAAAAAACCCAUUUUGCUCCCCACUUGGAUAAAAACAUUGUGGGAUAAAUCACAGCACAGGAUCAUUAGAUACACAGAUAUAAAUAUGGGAGACUUUCUGUGUCCUCCAUUUCUUGGUUGUACAAUCUGCGUAACUGGUUUAAGCAGCAUGGAUAGACAAGAAGUGCAACGUCUCACCACUGAGAAUGGUGGUCAAUAUACAGGGCAACUGAAGAUGAAUGAAUGUACACAUCUUAUUGUUCAAGAACCAAAAGGCCAGAAAUAUGAAUGUGCAAAAAGGUGGAAUGUUCAUUGUAUAUCCAUGCAGUGGUUUUUUGACAGCAUUGAAAAGGGAUUUUGCCAGGAUGAAUCAAUGUAUUUGAUAGUUCCUAGCACAAAGCAAGAUAAUGCACCAAGCACUUCAACUCCUAACCAGACCCAACCAAAUCAAGCUAACCAGACAGACAGUCGAACACUUUCUGAUGUUAGUCAUAUUUCAAAUAUCAACCUAAAUGACAUUAAUGAGACAUCAUGUAGUUCUGUUUUGAAUAGCAGACUGGAUCCUCCACCUGAUGAUCUGAACAACUUGAAUAUUAGUUCUUUGCAAGCACGUGAGGAUUUACUGGAUGGAUGCCGAAUUUAUCUUUGUGGCUUUAGUACCAGAAAAUUAGAUAAAAUGAAAAAGCUGAUUAACUCUGGUGGUGCUGUUCGUUUUAAUCAACUAAAUGAAGAUGUGACACAUGUUAUUGUGGGAGAUUGUGAUGAUGAAUUAAAACAAUUUUUGAAGAAGACAGAACGGAGGCCACAUGCUGUGACAGUACAAUGGCUUUUGGAAUGCUUUAGAAAAGGUUAUUUAAUACCUGAAGAGCAAUAUGCCCCUGCAAGUUAUCAACAAGUGAAUACUCCAUCUUCUGAACCACCUUUCAUCUCCCCCAAAAAUAACAUGUUGAAGAAAGAACAUGUGAAUACUGUGACAGCUGCAGAUACCGAUGAAGAUUUGCUAUCUCAGUAUGUUACUCAUGAUUCCAAAGUAGCUCAUUUUGAUGACCACAAUAUUGAUCACACUGUAUUUCAAGAUGGAAAAGAGGUCACUGUUAGUUCCUUGGCAGAGUCUUCUUCAGUUGUUGAAGGAGCCUUAUUCAGUGGAAGGAAGUUUCUCAUUCUUGGUUUUGGCAAAGAAGAUGAAUCUUGCAUAAGAGCUCUGAUUGAAGAGAAUGCUGGGAAGGUUCUGUUCCAGGAAAAUAAAGUAAUUGCUGAUUAUGCUGUGGUUCCUCUUCUGGGAAAUAAGGUCACAUCAACUGUAGGAGAUGUGGUUACAAACACAUGGCUGGUGAUGUGUAUAGAACAACGGACCCUGAUAGAUCCUCAAUCAAGUCCACUUUUCAUCCCAGUGCCAAUGAAGGAAGGAGCCACCCCAUUACAGCAUUGUGUGUUGUCUUUCAGUCAGUUUAGUGGAGCAGAGAGAGAAUUUUUAAUAUAUUUGGCAAGUCAGCUUGGGGCAAGAGUUCAGGAAUUCUUUGUGAGAAGAGCCAACCCAAAGAAAGGAAUGCUUGUCAGCACUCAUCUGGUGCUAAAAGAGCCAGAUGGUUCUAAAUAUGAAGCAGCAAAGAAGUGGAAUCUUCCUGCCGUUACUAUGGCUUGGCUAUUGGAGUCCGCUAGGAUGGGAAAAAAGGCUGCUGAAAGCAAAUUCCUGAUUGAGAAUAUAGGCAACAAAGAUAAACAAAAGAACCUUACAAAUUCUACAGAAGAAAUGGAGACAAGUACUGCAUCUUCAAAUACACCUGAUCAUCCAAGUAGUGUCCUUGAAACUGGAAAGAUAACAACAGUGACACCCCUGGAUGUGAAUCGUUUCCAAAGUAAAGCUUUCCAAAGUGUUAUUUCACAACAUAUUGGUAAAAAUCCUAGCCCUCCAAUUGGAAGCAAAGUAGUACAGAAGGAACCAUCUCUGCAUCUGGACACACCAUCUAAAUUUUUAUCUAAAGACAAACUCUUUAAACCUUCUUUUGAUGUCAAGGAUGCUUUGGCAGCUUUGGAAACUCCAGGUGGUCCUAAUCAGGGAAACACAAAUCUAAGUACUCCUCUUUCAGAAGUCAUUGGCAGGAACUUAAAACUAGCUUUGGCCAACAGCGCACGUCAAACCAUUGCUCUCACUGCCAGUCCGCAGCUAAAAGCUCCAGGUUGGCAAAGGGAAGAAGAAUCAAAACCUUUAGUGAAUGUUGUCAUCUGUGUGAGUAAAAAGCUGAGUAAAAAGCAGAGUGAAUUAAAUGCUAUUGCUGCAUCUCUUGGAGCUGAUUACAGGUGGUGUUUUGAUGAAACUGUAACACAUUUCAUCUACCAAGGAAGGCAGAAUGAUAACAGCCGGGAAUACAAAUCUGCUAAAGAAAGAGGCAUAUACAUUGUUUCAGAGCAUUGGCUCUUGGAGAGUGCACAAGAAUACAAACGAUUAGCUGAAUCUCUUUAUCCUCAUACAUAUAAUCCUAAAAUGAGUUUGAAUAUUAGUGGUGUGGAAGAUGACAGGUUCUCACAAAGGCUUGACACUGUUGGAAAAGACGGGAAAAACAACAAAAAUAAUUCACUGGAUGAUGAUACAAAAAAAGUUAUUGUUGAUCAGAUAAAUGAGGUUGGACAAAAGGAGCAUGAACCAAAAGGAGUUUUAACACAGACAUUGGAAAUGAGGGAAAACUUUCAGAAGCAACUGCAAGAAAUCAUGACUGCCACAUCAUUAGCAAAGUUGCAAGGACAAAGGAACUCCUUAUCUAGGAAUGGUUUUGAGAAUUCUCCAACAACUCCAGAUGGACCCCGUUCUGUUCGUAAUGGCCGCAGUAGAAUCUUGGAAGCUUUAAGGCAGUCACGUCAUGGAGCAACUGAUGUCAAUACUGAGCCAUCCCAGAAUGAACAGAUAAUUUGGGAUGACCCUACGGCAAGAGAGGAGAGAGCAAGGCUUGCCAGUAACUUGCAGUGGCCUAACAGUCCUUCACAGUAUUCAGAACAAGUUCAAACUACUGCAGUGACCCCAGGAGAACUUUCACUUAGAAAGUCUGUAAGUGAUACAGAAAUUGUUGAAAUGGGGAUUAAUGAUUCAACGAAAAUUGAUUCAGUUGAGGUCGCAAAUCUUCUGAUUAGAAAUCCAGAAACACCAAUAAAAGAAGAUCAUCUGAUCCCAACUCCAUUGGCUCCUGCUAUUGCUUUUCCAUUGGCAAAUCCUCCUGUUGCUCCCCAGCCAAAAGGAGAUGUAUGUUCUAGCAUGGUCACUAAAAUUGACCAAAGGGACUACGAAGAACCAACAAAAAUGCACAGAUUUCAGCUCUCUUCUCUUAAUCCACAGGAAAGAAUUGAUUAUUACCAGCUAAUUGAAGAACUAGGGGGAGUGGUGUUGGAGAAGCAAUGCUUUGAUUCGAGCUGCACACAUACAAUUGUGGGACAGCCUCUUCGCAAUGAAAAAUUCUUGGCAUCAAUGGCAGCAGGAAAAUGGGUGCUUCAUCGUUCUUAUUUGGAAGCAUGCCGAGCAGCACACAGCUUUGUAAAGGAGGAAGAUUAUGAGUGGGGAAGCAACUCUAUACUUAGUGUACUGACUGGAAUCAAUAUAGUUCAGAAGAAGUUAGCAGUUGCAGCAAUGAGAUGGAGAAAGACAAUACAACGACGGAGAGAGGAAAACAGCUCUGCUGAGGGGGCAUUUGGUGGUUGGAGAGUUAUUUUGAAUGUUGACCCAGCCAAGGAAUCAGGCUUCAAGCGUCUUCUAGAAUCAGGAAGUGCAAAGGUGUUCCCUGCAUAUUAUCCACCUAUCUUUAGAGAAGUUACUCAUUUUUUUGCUGAUCUUAAUAAACUAAAACCAGAAGAUGUUAGAAUUAAUAUAAGAGAGGCUGCAGCUCAAGGAGUGAAUUGCCUGAAGCCAGAAUACAUUGCUGACUACCUGAUACAGGAACCACCACCUUCAAUGGAAAACUAUCAUUUACCAGAAGCUGCUGCUUAUCUUCAGAAUAGUAAAAUACUUGGAAUUGGGUUUUCUCAAAAACGUAAAGCUGCUGAAGAAAAGCAUACAGCAAAGAGGUCCAGAAUUCACUGAAGCGACUAAUCUGAAAAUAUAAAUUUUCAAUUUCUAUUUGUUUUCCUUCCCAAGAUAAAAUAUAUUAAUUUUUGUAGUAUUUUUGUGUGCCUUGGAUUUCAAGCAAAUAAUAACUACAACUUUUUCAAAACUAAACUUCUGCAACUUUUGUUACAGGCUUGGAGGAAUGUGUAUUUAGAUUCAUAUUGUACUGGAAAUGGUACUUGAAGUGUACUUUAUUCAGUAAAUGCAUAAAAAACUAUUGAGAAAGGACACACAAGGCCACUUAACAUACUUCCAUCUGUAUCUUUUGCUUCCAUCUGUAUCUUCUUAUUGGUUUCCGCAAGACAAUUAUAUAAUGUUAUAUAAUAUUAUAUAACAUUUAUUUAAGUUGCUAUAUUAGCUUAUAUUUGAAAAGGACAUAGCCCCAUUGAAGUUUUUCCUGCUUUUAUAAUUCAUCUCUCCUUUUCUAAAAACAUGCACUUUAGCUUUAGCAGUUCAGGAAUUUUCUUUUCAAUGGAGAGAACAGUUAAGCAUCUCUAAAAAGAUAGAACAUUACCUUCCAGACCAAAGGUCAUCUGAUUUUUAAAGUUAAAAAAAGAAUAAUUCAGAAUUGCCUAACCAAAAUUUCAGACUUUUUUUUAUUUUAUUUGUUCCCAAAAAACUUGCUUAUUAACUGGGAUGUAAUUUAUACAAAGCUCUAGUUUUGACAUGUUUACAGUAUUCUCCCAGUUCUUUCAUUUGUUAAAUCAAUGUUUUAAUAACAGUAUCAAGAAAUCUGUAUGCAGCAAGUAUCAGUCACAUCUGAGGCAGUUUAUUUAAAUUGGCUGUCUAUUCAUUUAUAUCAAUAGCUGUAGUGAGAAUAGCAAGAUUUCAAGUAACAACUUCUUUGCAGAAAUGAAGAAGAGAUCAUUCACUGUCUCCUUUCAAAAUUCUAUUGGGUUUUCAUUUUUCAAAAAGGAUUUCAAAAAAAUGCAAAUGUGAAGAAAACAUAAUUUCAAUAUUUGGAGACUUGGAAAUUAGAUUAUUAUAUUCUUUAGUAGUAAAAUUAAAACUCAGCCUCAUUUUGCUAGUUUUGUUUUUAAAGAAACUACCUGGAUGCUAAGUGUCUACAGUAAAUAAGAAACAAACAAUCUGAUCUAAUAUUGAACAGUUGCUAAUUGAUAUAAGGACCUUUUCUCAGGCAAUAUAACUGAUAAAGAUAACACUACUUGUCUCUUGAAAAAGCAUGUAACAAAAUUUCUACAAAAAGAAUAACAAACUGUGAAUGUAAGUUUAUUUCAUUCAGAGAGAUUACAAAAAUGAUAAUUCAUCUCAUCCAUGCAAAUCCCAAGAACCUUAUUAAUACAAUUAUAUCUGCACAGUUAAUCACACAGAACUAAAAAGGGAUGUAUAAAGUUUGAAAACUCAACCAUGCCUUUUUAGAAAGUCCAUUGUUACAUGAUCAUUAAUAUAUGUGUAAAGAACUUUACCAUAGUAGUAAAAUACUGUAAAUAAAACCUAGUUGAAUAUUUUCUUUUUGUGCAGAUGUCAGCAAAUUUAGUUACACCUUGUAUUUUUUAUAGCACCUUCAUUGGAAAACUCAACAUUUUAUAAAGCUGUUGUCAACCUCACAACAUCCCUGUGAGGUAGGGAAGUAUUGUUUUUGCAGUUUAGAAAACAAAUAUAAUUAAAUUUCCUCUAAUUUCCAAUGCUGUAUUUGGUACAGACAAUGCUUCCUCCUUUGCAAUGGUUUCAAAUUUCUUCAUAUUCUUGGAUUUGUCACAUGACAAGUUGCAUUUUUGUAAAAAUCAGUAAUUUCAGUGAAAUCCAUUUUAAUUUCCAUUUUGUUGGAACAAAUGUUAGAAAUGUUCAUUUUUGCAUUUUAAUAACAACUUUUUAUCUUUAAUAAUCAAGUACAUCAGCAUAUUUAUGGCCAGAUAAUCUGAAGAUUUACCCUUUUUUAUUUUGCUUCUAAAAAGAAGAGGCAUUUUAUGCAUCCAAGAGAAUAAAUGUGACAAGAGUUUUAGUCUAUCCUAUCCCACUACAAAUUGAAUAGGUCUUCAAUCUUUAAUGUAUUAUUCAUUUUUCAAAAUAUAUCAAAGAUGCUCACUACGAUAGUCUCAUUUAUGCUUCACCUUUCUAUUUAUAGGAAGCUAGGACAAGAAUAAUAAUAAGUGUCUAAAGUGGUAUAAAUCCAGAAUUUUACCAUUUUUGUGCAGACCAGUUUUUAUACACAAGUUGUAUUUUUUCAAGCAAGCUAUUAUUCCAAAGCAGAUUCUUAUCUUUUGCUCCACAGAACCUUCUCACCAUCUUUUUAUUCCUACCUCGUUGCAUGUCAGAAACUAUUUAGUAUUUUAAUCUUUCUAGAACUUUAAUCCUGUAUGAGCAAAUGAAUUGAUAUAUGGUAAUAUUAAUUUCUGGGAAUAUUUAUGGUUAAGAGUGAUUUCCAGAAUAUAAUAGUUUUGAAACAUGAGUGGGGAAACUCCCUGGGCAGUUGACCUUAUUGCACUUAAACAUUUAUAUCUUCCUCCUGGAGCCAAGUGAUCCUCUUGAUUUAGUAAGUGAUGAAAUUAACGCAAUAUGAAGUAACUCUUAGAAUGGGUCAAAAUAUUUAUAUAUAGUGAAACCCAUCUGAUUUCUUAACUGCAAUAGUAAUAGUAAUAAUACAGGCAACCAAGUUCUUUUUGCUUCCACCCAGAACUGAUACAUUAUGCAACUAGUCCACCAUGAUACUAGAGUUCUUUAUAAUUGAUGAAUUCUGUCCCAGCUUCUACUUUAGAAUUGGGACAUGCUAGGGAUAUAAUUUUGGGUUCCUUUCAGAUUGUAGAUUUUAAAGAAGUGGACAGGAGGUGCAGAAUGAUAACGGCUAUAACCUGAUUAGACAACUUCUGGUUUUCUGGGCUGCUUUAAAUGGCCAGGACAAGCCAUGCUAGCAGAAAUAAUCAUCUCCCUAUAUUCCCCUAUUCCAGAGAAGGCAGUUAAGGUCAGUGGCAUAUUUUGUGAAUCCAUUUCAAUUGGGCUUUUGACCAAGAUAAGGUAAUGAAACAACCUUGUGAAUUGCCUGAGGAUUGAGGUUUGGUAUUGUUUUAUAGAGCUUCCAGUUUUCUUGUCAAAUUAUGUCCAGAUGGCAGUACUGAUUUGUGUUCCCAUUAGCCUGCCUUGAUUCCGAUUUUGUAUCCCUAUUCUACAUGAAUUUGAUAGGGGAGUGUUUUCAAGAAUUCUGAUGUCAGGUGUCAUUGCUAGGUUGAUGUUACUCAGUUCUACACUCACCAUCCAAUUCUAAGCAGGCAUCUGGUAACUGAACGUUACCUAUGUUUGAUAAUGGGUAAAUGUUACUGUUGGUUAAAAGGAGGACUUGGAUUUUGGGAUUGAAUUAUAUGUGAUUUGUAUAAGGUUGCAGUCCCAGUGAAAAUGUGUAGUUAAUAAGUGCUGCUUUGAUCCUUAAAUCUCAUUGAAUUUGCAGAUGUUGAGGAAUCUUUGCACAAUUUUAUUAUUACACCUGCAUUCCUUCCAGGAUUAGAUUUUUACAAGUUGUCCGUGCAUUGGUUACAUCGUAUUGUGACUAUUGCAACACACUGUGGCUACCCUUGAAGUGUCCAAACAUUUCAGUUAGUGCAAAAUCCAGCAGGCAGAUUGCCAAAUUAUGGAAGGUGCAAAGUUCAUACGGUGCUGAUACUAUCUGCACUGGUUGCCAAUUGCUUUCCAAGCAUAAUUUAAAGGGUUGCUAUUAAUUCUUAAAGUCCCAAAUGGCUUAGAGUCUCUGUUGUUCUCAUUACAAAUUCAAUUGAUUGUUAAGAUUGGGAGAUACUCUCCUCCCCCUCCCCGCAUCACUUUUAAACAUAUUACACUCCCAGAGAUGUAGCUAGCCUUUGGUUAUGAGAAAAGGCUUUUUCUUGCAUUGCUCCUGAAUGUUGGUAUGCACACUUCAUCACAUUCUUCAUUGUUAAUCUUUUCUUGCUAAUUUUAUUUCACAUUGUU